CCGUUUUCAGAAUCAAUCUAUUGAACGGCUUUGUUUCAGCCGAAAGAUCAAUCAUACAAGCAAGAAAGAGCAUCUUCUUCACUCUUUCACUUGUCGUUUCAAUACGUACAACAGUCGUUGUAUCUUGUAUUAUACCUGUUGUUAGCUUCGUCUUUUCCUCUUUCUUCUCCCGUGACUCUUCUUAAUCCCACUGCAUCUUCUUGCGUUAUGCACACAAACAAGGUACGGUGGUGGUUCGACUGACGAAUCUAGCCCAAGGAUUGAUCUAGUUUGAUGCUAAUAUCUUAUCCCCGGUUGGAUUUCGAAGAUAGCAUCUUCUUGAUUCGUAAUCGCGAUCUUGGUUUAGUUUUACGGAAUCUAUGACAGCAUCGAAGGGUCUUCUUUAAUCAGGAAGAAGACCCUUCUUUCCCAGAUUGGUACCUAAGGACAUCCCCGUCUUCCACUUGUCAAGAUUAAUAAAUUUCCUGCAGAGAUAGUAUUUGCCUUUAUCUGGUUCGCUAGUUGCCACAGAGUUCAUUAAUUUUCUCUCUCUUUUGAUUAUGCCGGCUGUGCAAAAGCUUUAUAAUGCUUGUAAGGUCUCACUUUCUCAAAAUGGACCUGUUUCAGAGGAAGGUCUUGAAAAGGUUCGGAGUCUGUUAGAUAAAAUCAAGCCAUCUGAUGUUGGUCUAGAACAGGAGGCACAGUUAGUCCGCUCAUGGAAUGGCCCUAUCCAUGGUAGAAAUGGGACUGAGAGGUCAACUCCACCUAUCAAAUACUUGCACUUACAUGAGUGUGCAGACUUUUCUAUGGGAAUAUUCUGCAUGCCACCUUCCUCUAUUAUACCUCUUCAUAACCAUCCUGGCAUGACAGUGUUAAGCAAGCUUGUAUAUGGUACCUUACAUGUAACAUCUUUCGAUUGGAUAAGCACACCCGAGCCUUCUGAAGAAGCAAAAGGAGCUAGAGCUUCGAAGCUUGUUAAAGAUUGUGAAAUGUCGGCACCUUGUGGGACUACUGUCCUUUAUCCAACAAGUGGAGGCAAUAUACACUGUUUCAAAGCGAUAACACCAUGUGCAAUCUUUGACAUACUCUCUCCCCCUUACUCGUCUGAAGAUGGACGGCAUUGUACUUACUACCGUAGGCUUCCCAAAGGAGAUUGCCCCGAAGGUAAUCUCGAACUGGAUGGUGACAGGGCCUCUGAGGUGACUUGGUUAGAAGAAUUCCAACCUCCCGAUGAUUUCGUGAUUCGUAGAGGGCUGUACAAAGGCCGCGUUAUAAAAACUUGAGACAUCUUUCUCUUUUUUUCUCUAAAUUUUUUGAGGUAUGUUUUGUUGCUUGGUGAUAGGGUUGACAGUGUUUGUUAUAUAUGCAUGAUGAUUGAAUGGAAAAACUGCAGAAUUUGGCACAAUACAUGAUGGAGUUGAAGAACUUGGUUAAGGAUUCAAGAGAGUUGUGGGAAAAUAUUUAUAUAUAUUUGCACAUUGAGAUGAUUCUUGCCUAAUUAGUCAAUCAGACUUUUGUAUAUAGAUAUAUGUAUUUACUACUAUUCUUGCAAUGAAGCUUUAGCUUAUUUGCCAAGUUGUAGUAGCAGCAGCAGUUGAUUUUGCUACUAAUUAUUUUCUAGCUUGUCUUUAAAGACUUAUUAUUUUCAAUAUGAAUCACUUA